AUGAGUCACAAGCAUCAAACCCUUCGCUUUGCGAGCGACGCAACCGCCGGCGAUGGUAUCUGGGGCUACCCGACUAGCAAGGCAAACUUCUGCGAGGAAGACUACCUCUUCACGCGCUACAUCGCAGAGUUUAUCAACUGCCUCUCUAAUGCUACCUACAUCUACCUCGCGCUCAAGUACCCCCGCGCCAACCCCAAGGCGGCGGUCCCGUGGUACAAGACCCUCGACAUUCAGUCUGUCGGCCUCCUCAUGGUAGGCAUCUUCUCCGGCGUCUUCCAUGGCACCAUGCACCAGGAGACCCAGCUCCUCGACGAUCUCUCCAUGCUCGUGCUCGCCGGCUCGCUAGUGCAGCCGCUCUACGUCUUCCGCCAGUCGCGCGCCGUCGGCAACGUCGUCGCGGCCACCCUGUGGCUCGGCAUCGGCACGAUGGCUGCCAUCUACGUCCGCUCCGGCGACAUCUUCAUCCACGUCAUGACCUUUACGGCUCUGCUGACCUUUGUGUGGCCCCGGACGCUGUUCAUCGUCUACGGUACCGGACGCUGGUCCAAGCAGGAGCAGAAGCGGCUGAUGUGGCAGUUUGCAAAGGCUUGUGCCAUUCUGAUCCUGGGCUUCACGUUGUGGCACAUCGACCUGGAAUACUGCGCCGAGCUGAGAGCCUUGAGGAAGGAUCUCGGACUGCCGCUUGCGUGGUUGUUGGAGUUGCACGGGUGGUGGCAUAUUUUUACUGCUUUUGGCGCGAGUUGGUACAUGAGGCUGAUUAGGGAGCUGACUUCCGACGAUCAAACGGGUGCCGCAAAGAAGGCGCAGUGA